AUGGCGGGGACGCCGCGCACGGCCCGGCCCGGCCCGGCCCGGCCGCCACCACCCCCCGCGUCCCCACCAGCAGCACCCCGCUGCCUCCCCGGGCUCCGGGCUGCUGCCGAGGCCGCCGCCGCCUGGCUCGGCACGCCGCUCCUCCCCGCCGGAACUACGCCGCCCUCCCCGGCGACGCGAUGUCCGGGGCGGCCACAACCGCAGCCGGGGGGCUGGGGGGAGAGAGGGGGCGAGGGUAGACCGGAGCGCCCCGGGGUGGGUCGGGGCGGGCCGCCUCCUCCUCCUUCUUCUCCUCCUCCUCCUCGCCUCAGGGCCACUCUCCCCUCAGCCCCAUUCCUCCCCCCCGAGGCGACGAGGAGCCUCUUUGAGGCAAAAAGGGGCGAUUUCGGGUGCCUCGGCGCCGCCCCGCCAGGGAUGGCAUACCUGAAUUUGAAAUCACCUUCACCUGAAUAUCCUAGGGCUACAGAAUGGGGAAGAACUUGUCUCUUUGGUCAAGAAAGCCAGUAUGAAACAUUUUCUCGCCCCAAGCCUCCCCGGUGCUGGGUUACCGAAGGCAUGACACACAACUCUCUCACGUUGCAUGUUUGUGUUCACUGUACAAAUGUUUACUGCCGACAUCAAGUUCCAGUUUGCUGGAUGCAUGCUCUGGUUUUGAUGAAAGUGUGCUGAAUUUAUACAUCUGCUCUAAAAUAGUGACUUACCAACUGGGUUUAGUAUUUUAAAAUGUCACUGCCAUUGCUGUAACAGAUGCUAGCAAUAAGUUGGCAGCCCGUUCUUUCCACUGAGGAGUCACUCAUGGAUGCUGCCUUUGUAGCAGAAUCCGACAGUUCUCCAACUCGUGACUCAAAGGUAACGCCACUUCGCUCUACUUGAAGUGCUGAGGAUUGUGUCCCAGGUGAUUAUAAAUAUUCAGUGCCAAUCAACCCUGGAAACGUACUUGGUUUCUUACUAGACAAGGAUAGUAGAAUAAGUUCCCUCUUUGGAGAUAUUACAAAAUAGAAGGUGGCAAUAGAGGGAAAAAAGUGAGGAGCUUAGAGCUGGGAAUAAUACAGAAGUGUUUUCUGAGAGGUUUUUGGAAAUUCACUGGAAACCACCAAACCCUAGAGCUGAGGGCAGCACACAGGGUGAGUUCAUAUCAUCUGCACCAACCUGUAGUGUGCUCGGCAUAAACAAAGAGGGAUGAACUGAGUCAGCCUCCCUUCCACCUGCUCCUAAACCUUCACUGAACGUGUAGACAAAAAGCACCACGCAGACCUGGCGUGCUGCUGGGCCGUGUAAACAGGAAGCAGAGUGGAAGUGUCCUGGCAAGAGUCCUCCCCUCUGCUUUCUGCGGCCCUGGGAAAACCGAGCUGUACCACUUCGGGCAGGGUCAGCCCCCGUGUUGGGAACAGAGCCGCAGGAAGAAAUGCAAAGGUCGCCCAUGGUGUGACAGCAUGGCUGAAAUCAGAAGCCUAAAGGAGUGCUUAGAUUUAGGAAAACAGGAGAGGACAGUAGCCCUGGUGAACUGGCAGAAGGUGUCCUCAGACAGAUGAAGGAACAGGAUAACAGCAGCAGCUUUGGUCUAUACAGACAAUUAAUUAGGACUGAGCUUAAAGUUAUCACCACCCUUGUGUCAGUCACCAGCGGUACAUUGCAGAGCUCAGAGGUCAGCUUUUGAUGGCGGUACAGCUCAGAUCUGGAAUAUCCGCUGAGCUUCUAGUUGCAGGGUUAACCCAGCCUCAUUCCCAGCUUGGCCUAGGCCUG